GGGAAAUGGGCGGGAAGCUGUGACGUCACCGACAGCGUAGAUGCUCCGCCUGCUUCCGUGAUGUAUAAAAGGCGGGGGCAGUUGAGUGACGGGCGCGCUUUGGACGCUUGCAGUUCUCCCAGUCCUUCUGCUUUGAAUGUCAUCUGAGAGAAGAGGUGGACAUAUCUUCAUCCAGUUUGGAGGCACUCUAGAAGCACAGAAUAAAGAUGGAAGAAUCGGCUGUCUCUCCAUUAGAAACGUCUGUUGCUGUUGAGUCAGAGAACAGUAGAGCACUUUGGGAGAACCCUUGCAAGAAAGACAUGACCAGUAUGCUCCAUUCAGACCUUCAGCGCCAGCGCUUCCGGUGUUUCCGCUAUGAAGACCUUCAGGGGCCCCGAGAGGUUUGUAGCUAUCUCCACUCUCUCUGCUGCCUGUGGCUGAAGCCAGCACGACGCUCCAAGGCAGAGAUACUGGACCUGGUGAUCCUGGAGCAGUUCUUGGCCAUCCUUCCUUCAGAGAUGGAGCGCUGGGUGAGGGAAUGUGGGGCAGAGACCAGUUCCCAAGCAGUGGCUUUGGCUGAAGGCUUCCUCCUGAGUCAGGAAGACGAGAGGAAGCAGGAGAAGCCCCAGGUGCAGGACUCUCUUGCAGAUGAUACCAGUCAGGUGGAGGAGUCUCAUUCAGACACCAUUUGCGUUGUCGAGACUGGAAAUGGAGAAUAUAUCACAGUUGGAGAUGAAACAUGGCCAAGUGACAGUAGCACAACUUUUCUUGAUUCUUUCCUAAGAAGCGAUUCUGCAGGAUCGGAUCAGGUGACUUUGGAAGAUGUAUUUGUGGAUUUCUCAGAAGAGCAGUGGGCCCUCUUGGAUCCAAAUCAAAAAGCCUUGCAUCAGCAAAUCAUGGGGGAGAAUUUAGGGAUUGCGUCAUCUCUGGAGGAGACACCAUUCAAACAUUUGGAAGAUGGAAUGAAUUUCAAUUGGAAGGAAGUGCUCACCUUUUCUCAAGAAACUCACACAAGGGAUAAACCAUUUAAAUGCUUGGAGUGUGGAAAGAACUUCUGUCAGAAGUCAAACCUUGUUAUCCAUCAGAGAAACCACACAGGAGAAAAGCCAUUUAAAUGUUUGGAGUGUGAAAAGAGAUUCACUCAGACAUCAGAUCUUGUUCGUCAUCAGGCAACUCACACAGCAGAGAGACCAUUUAAAUGCUUGGAGUGUGGAAGUUCCUUCCGUCAGAAUGCAAACCUUGUUCGUCACCAGGCAAUUCACACAGGAGACAAGCCAUUUCAAUGCUUGCAGUGUGAAAAGACUUUCAGUCAAAAGAAAAACCUUAUUGGCCAUUGGGCAACUCACACAGGAGUAAAGCCAUUUCAAUGCUUGCUAUGUGGAAAGAGCUUCAGUUAUAAGGUAGGCCUUGUUUGCCAUCAGAAAACUCACACAGGAGAAAAGCCAUUUAAAUGCUUGCAGUGUGAAAAGAGUUUCAGUCACAAAUACGUCUUUAUUCGUCAUCAGGCAACACACACAGGAGAGAAGCCAUUUAAAUGCUUGCAGUGUGGAAAGAGCUUCAUUGAUAAGGUCGGCCUUGUUUGCCAUCAGGCAACUCAUACAGGAGUAAAGCUAUUUAAAUGCUUGCAUUGUGAAAAGAACUUCAGUCACAAGAAUGUCCUUAUUCGUCAUCAGGCAACACACACAGGAGAGAAGCCAUUUAAAUGCCCAGAGUGUGGAAAAAGCUUCAGUCGGAACUCAUACCUUGUUUGCCAUCAGGCAACUCACACAGGAGUAAAGCCAUUUAAAUGCUUGCAGUGUGGAAAGAACUUCAGUAAAAAGGGAAACCUUAUUCGUCAUCAAACAACUCACAGCAGAGAAAAACCAGAGUGUGAAAAAAGCUGCAGUUGAAAUACAAGCCUUUUAAAAGAAAUUGUCAACCAACAUGGAAGAAAUGGGGUAAAGGCAAGUUCCCUUGUUUUACAUCAGAGAGGGCAUGGAUCUUUCAUAGAAACACUUGAGUUAAAAAAACGUGGCUUUUGUGGGAAAAUAAUAACCUGAUCCAUUUCUUUGAUAAAAUAUCUCAUUUAACAUAACUGAUAAUAUUUUGAGAGCGAAAGGAGGAAUAUUUCAGAUUUUUAAAAUUUAAUUCAUGCAUAUUGGUUACUGCAAAUAUUUCCUGUUGUGUGUGUAUUCAGGGUUAAAAUAUAUUUAAUUGAGAAGUUUGAUGAGAAGGGUUUGAUUAAUGACUAACAGCCCUGUGUAUCAUGUAACUCUAUGUAUGUGAGACUGGGUUUUCUAUUAUGAAAUAUCUAAUAAAGCAUAACUGAUAAAUUGUUUUCUAUCAGUCCAUGCAUACUGGUUACUGCGAAUAUUUCUUGUCCUAUCUAUCACAUAAAUAAUAGAAAAUUUAUUACAGGUGUGUGUGUUCAAUCUCAAAAAAAAUGCAUGGUGUUUCUUAAAAUUAAAUUAAAGUGCAAAUUAAAUUAGUUUAACCUGAAGAAAAGGCAUGUUUAGAAUUCUGAGUUUAUUAUGUAUGUUUUGAUAUUAAUUGAAUAUUUUUGCACUGAGUUUCUUUGCUAAGGUUUAACAGAAAGAAGAAAAUGAUUAACAAUUACCAGAGCUGCCUCGAUUAAUCACCAUGUUAAAUUCCUAGCAGAAUCUGAAUGAUGAUUUGCAGACCAUCUGGCUGGUUGUGAGCUUGGAAUGUUGUGGUUGAAAAAUAAUUUGGCAAUUUUAAUCCAUUAAAUUGUAGGAAUAAGGUUAUAACAGUGAGCACAUGCAGCAUCAUGUCUAUGCUGUCCAUCAGUUAAAUUCCAAGUUGUAGCAUAUAAUUUAAACAUAUACGUGUACCUACAGAUGUCAACGAUUGUUCUAAUGCAGUGGUUCUCAACCUGUGGGUCUCCAGGUGUUUUGGCCUAUAACUCCCAGAAAUCCCAACCAGUUGACCAGCUGUUAGGAUUUCUGGGAGUUGAAAGUCAAAACAUCUGGGGACCCACAGGUUGAGAACCACUACUUUAAAGUAACCUUCCUCAACCUUGAUCUUUUCUCCAGACUAGAAAACAAUCAAAUAAGAUUGUCCAAGGGACAUUGGUAAUUUAACAUGUCUAGAAACUGUCAUACUGGGAAGGACUGUCCUAGCUGCAGAAAAUCAUUUAAUAAUGUUAAUUCAUUUUAGUUGAUUAGAUUUGGAUUAGCAAUCAUAUGUUCAUAUUGACACAUUUUGUUUAUUGCUUGAUUCUGGCUUGUUUAUUUCUAUUUUAUGGCAUUGAAUGUUUGUCACCUUUUGUUUGGAAACCACCCUGAGUCCCCUCGGGGAGGUAUGGCAGGUUAUAAAUAAAGUUUAUUUAUUUUAUUAUUUGCCUCACAUUCACAAAAUUUAGGGGUUGGUCUGAAUCCCCUGGCUUUGGUCCUGUAGGAACAGUUGGGCAGGUUCUGAAAUUGAAACAGCCACAACUUCCCCAUUGCCAUCCCAUGUUUUCCAGGCUUGGAUAGCCCAGAAAUCAGAUUUUGAUCAAAUUUGAAAGUGGAAAUUAGAAAAGGAGAAAGUCCUGAUGGGUUUUAUAUACAAGAAAUUAGUUGAAAAACAAUAUAAAUUGAAACAAACAUUGGCCGAGAUAUGGAAAGAGGACCUGAACAGUAAUGAGUUAGACAUUGAACACUGGAUCAAUUCAAUAAAAAAUCAAAUACAUAAGAACCAGAGAAAUACAAAGGAAAAUAUUUACCAAAUGGUCUAUAACCCCAAUUAAAUUAGCUCAUAUAACCAAAUCAAUCACAAAAUUAUGUUGGCACAGAUGUGGAUGAAUUGGCUCCUAUAUGCCUAUGUGUUGGGACUGCGAUAAAGUACAAAAUUUUACAACAAGAUAAAGGAGAUGGAAGAAUUAAUUGGGCCUAAAUGGGAGUUGAACAAAAAUUCUUUACUCAGAAAGUAGACAGGAAGUACAACAUUAAAGACUGGGCUGAUAGAAAAUAUAUGAUAGUCGCUGCCCAAGCAACUGUGGCAUUGGGCUGGAAAGACUAUUUAGCGGAUUUCACAUUCCAGGAUACAUCCUUGAAAGGGGGACGAAAUGUACAACAGGCCGAAUCAAGAAGUGGGAUCUGAAAUGGGGAAGAAUGAUAGCAUAAAAGGAAAAGGAAACUACAAAGAAUUGAACCAUACUAUUUCUACCAUUCAUAAAUUAAAAUAAUAUUUGAAUGAAGGAAAGUACUAUUCCCAGAGGGUGGGGGGAGGGAGCAGAGUAAUAUUGUUAAACACAAGUGGGAGAUGAAUGUGGAAUUGGCAAUGUUAAGAAAAUUAAGUGAAUAACAUUCUGUAUGUACUAUGGAAUGGUUACUGAAAUUUACAUUAUUCCACCUAUGUUUACAAUAUUUUUUUAAAAAAAAAUCUUUAAAAAGGAUAGCCAAAGAACACAGGAGGACAGUCACCUCUACAUCUCAAUGGUUUGCAACUACUAUAUGAGUCUUACCUGCCAGCCAUCACCAGCAGUGAUGUCAACCAGGGUUACUAGGCGCUCUGGGAAAGCAGGGGGAGAGGAGGUGAGAUUCCUCCUCCUCUCAUCGCCUCUGCUGACAUUACUACAGGCGAUGGUUAGAACCCAUGUCAUGGCCAGAGUACUUAGAUAACCUUAUUAUCCCAAAACGUAGGAAGGCCUUCUCUUUGGCUAAGUUCGAUGUACUCCCUUCAGCUGUACUUGAGGGAAGAUAUAACAAAGUACCAUACAAUGAUACUGAAGCUGAGGCAGUGGAAACUGUAGAGCAUGUCUUGUUAUAUUGCUCUUUUUACCGAGACCUUUGUAAACAUUUUAUAAAUCCAAUUUUAGAAAGUUUACCAGGGAGAUCUGUACGGUUUUAUGUUGAUUAUCUUUUGGCAGACCAAGACCCCAAAAUUACUGCCAAAGUUGCUAGCUUUUGUGCGGCAGCGAUAGCUUGUCGGUGCAAGAUGUUGUCAAGGUUUUAGUACAUUUUAAUAUUUCCUUCAGCAUUUACCUUUGUCAUUUUAGCAUAUAAAUGUUUUAUAUCAUUUUAACUACCACAUUCAAUACUGUGUUUUAAUCUUGUUCUUCACUGUGUUUCUUAAUAUCUAAUUGCAUAUGUUUCUACGCUAUUCUGAUGCGUGCACAUUUUCUGUUGCUGGUCAUAGACUGUAAUAUAUAUAUUUGGGGGUUUGGGGGUCCUCCUGAGGCGCAGAUGUCGGUGGUGGCCGGGAGGGCCUUCGCACAACUCAAACUUGUGCGCCAACUGCGACCAUACCUCGUGAAGUCUGACUUGACCACGGUGGUGCAUGCCUUAGUUACCUCUAGAUUGGACUAUUGUAAUGGGCUCUACGUGGGGCUUCCCUUGAAGACGGCCCGGAAACUACAAUUGGUCCAGCGCUCGGCUGCCAGAUUAAUAAUGGGGUGAGUUACAGGGAGAGAUCUACUUCCUUGUUCAAGGAGAUCUACUCCCUUGUUCACUGGCUGCCGUUUAUUUUCUGGUCCCAAUUCAAGGUGUAUACUAUCACAUAUAAAGCCCUAAACGGUUUGGGACCCACCUACCUUCGUGACCGUAUCUCCUAUCAUAAGCCUACCCGAUCCCUUCGUUCAUCAGGGGAAGCUCUCCUGUCCCCACUCCCGAUAUCCCAGACCCGCCUUGUGGGAACAAGGGAGAGGGCCUUUUCUGCUGUGGCCCCCCGAUUGUGGAACUCACUGCCCAUUGAGAUUAGGCAAGCCCCCACAUUAGCAGCCUUCAAGAAAGACUUGAAAACAUCGCUCUUCCGCUGUGCUUUUGGAGAGUAACUAUUUUAUAUUUCUUUUCCGUUGCUCCCUUUAAUAUCUAUCCUCCAGACUACCCCACUUCCUUAUGACCCUGUUCGCUGUGGUUUUUUAUUCUUAUGUCUCUCUCACCCCGAGUUUUAACUUAAUGGUCAUGUGGUCCGCCCUUGUUUUUCAUUGUUUCCUUGAUUUGUUUUGUAAUGGAUAUUAUUAUUUAUUGUAUUGCUUAUUGUGUUGUGAUGUGUUGUUCUUUUAUAUGCUGUUUAUAUUGUAUUGUUUUGGGCAUGGCCCCAUGUAAGCCGCCCGAGUCCCCGUUGGGGAGAUGGUGGCGGGGUAUAAAUAAAUUAUUAUUAUUAUUA